CAAAUCUCUUGAACAUGUAUAGGAUGACAGAACUGAAUAGAAGAUGGCUGAGUUUAGAUAAAGAUUAAGCAGACGUCUUAUCAGAGGUCCCGAGUGAAAGAUGAACUCACCAAGAAAACUGGCUCUCAACCCUGCUGGUUUCAUGAAAAACCUCUCCUCCUACUACCAACAAGUACAGCAGGACGACCACGAUCUACUAGCGGACUUCAACUUGAUAUCCGCUGACGGAGAAACCGUCCAAACCCACAAAAUCAUCCUAGCAUCCCAGUGUGGGUACUACAAAGGGUUAUUCCGAGCAGAUCCCACCCUGACAACCUCCUCUGUCCCUGUUAGAUCCGUUGUUUUGAAGGCGUGUGUUGAGUCUCUGUACACUUCCCUGCUUCCUGACCCUCCAGGUAACCAUGAGGAGGUAAAAGAGGUUCUCUUGGCUGCUAAUUUCCUAGGAAUUGAGGAGAUAGUCUCCGCUUACUCCAAUAAACUGGUCGCUGGCUUGACUGACACCAACUGUUUUGAGCUGCUGCAGUGGAGCUAUGAUAACUGUUUACAGAGGGUACAGGAGGGAGCGUCCUCUCAUGUCUCACAGCAACUUGCUCAGUUAAGAGACUCGGUUGAGGGGGACCUCAUGCAGCUCGACAACUCUCCCUUAAUGUUGGGACUCAAGAGCUUGUCCCAGGAAUGUCUGUUUCUUGUUUUGGUUAAAUUUGGUUCUGGUAUCCAAACUCGAGAGUCUAAGUUGCAGUGCAUGAUGCUAGCUAAUAUUAUAAGGGUCCUUUAUAUGGUUAUUAAACUUAUCAAGAAUUAUACAGAUCAGUAUCAUGUUACCCAGCUACCGGAUGAUAUACAAUCCUUCAUUCGUGAAAAGGUUUUUGGUAGAACUUUGAGGGAAAAAGAUCCAGUUAACAGCAUUUUAAUAGCCCUUCUUCAGCACGAAAAAUUGUCUUCGAACGUACUCUUAUUUCGAAAGAUCGAUCUGUUCCUUAAAUCGUUUGUCCUAGAAGAUAUCCUGAGCGCCUCCGCUGAGGUAACAAGCAGCAGUUCCACCUUGGCAAUCCUCCAAUCAUUCGAGAGUGAGCUGGGAUCUUUUGAAUUUCCUUACUCUCACUACAUGUCGCUGAUGCCCUUGUGUCUGAUCAAAGAACCACAGUCAUUUGUAGUGGUGGAUACUCGCUGUUCCCCGGAGUAUGGCACAAAUCCGCGUCAGCAUUAUGAUUAUAAAAAAAGAGAUGUACAUCUGGGAAUCAUUAAGAAGAUUUCUAUUUAUAACGGGCAAUGGGAUGGACGGAAUGUGGUGAAAGGGUUAGAACUGUUUUUUCAAGAUCGUCUGACAUUGACUUCGUCUGGGAAAGAUUCUUUCGAUUUUCGGAAAUCUGUGAAAAUCGGUCUCAGCGAUCUAGAUCACGAUAAAUCGUCAAUCGCUAAAACUUUUGAACUUGGUGAAAACGAGUACAUCUCAUACGUGAAGGGCCGGAAAGGUUGGAUGUUGGACCAAAUCACCUUUGUUACAAAUCUGAACCGUAAAUUGGGCCCUGUUGGCGGUGAUGGCGGCGGCGCUUUCUGUACCCUAUCCGACACCCACCGGAAACUGUUGAAGAAGAACAGGGACUCAGUGAGAGUGGUAUUGCGUGGGAUAGCAGCUGUGGACGGUACUCAACAAGGCAGUCAGCUUAUCGGAAGGGUUCGGUUUAUAAGCACUUUGAUGUGUAAACCUGGGUGCGAGGAGAUUUGGCGCGAGGCUCUUACCUAGACUAGCAAUCUAGUACAUCUUACC